GCCUCCAGCCCGCCCCCGGCUCGCCUCGCCUUUUUCUCGGCUCUCCUUUCCCGGUGACGCCGCGGCGGCCCCAGCAACCAGCCCUUGCACACCCCAGCGCGCGCCCCAAACCGCCGCCCCACUGAGCCCCCGGUGCCGAAGAUGGCGGCUCUCAAAUUGCUCUCCUCCGUGCAAAGGCUCGGCGUCUCCACCCGCAGCUCCCCGAGCGUCUGGUCCAAGGGGUGUGCUUGCUACUUUUCGGUCAGUACUCGUCACCAUACCAAAUUUUAUGAAGAUCCAGUUGAAGCUGUGAAAGACAUCCCCAGUGGCGCCACAGUGCUGGUUGGUGGUUUUGGGCUUUGUGGAAUUCCCGAGAAUCUUAUAGGAGCUUUGCUAAAGACUGGAAUCAAAGAAAUAACUGCAGUCAGCAACAAUGCAGGGGUUGACAACUUUGGUUUGGGCCUUCUACUUCACUCUAAGCAGAUAAAACGUAUGAUUUCUUCAUAUGUGGGAGAAAAUGCAGAAUUUGAACGACAGUAUUUAUGUGGUGAAUUAGAAGUAGAGCUGGUACCUCAGGGCACACUUGCAGAAAGGAUUCGUGCAGGUGGGGCUGGAGUUCCUGCAUUCUAUACCAGCACAGGGUAUGGGACCCUGGUACAAGAAGGAGGAGCCCCCAUCAAGUACAACACAGAUGGCACUGUUGCCAUUGCCAGUCAGCCCAGGGAGGUAAGGGAGUUUAAAGGCCAGCACUUUAUUUUGGAAGAAGCCAUUACAGGAGAUUUUGCUUUAGUGAAAGCCUGGAAAGCAGACCAAGCAGGAAAUGUGAUUUUCAGGAAAACCGCAAGGAAUUUCAACUUGCCCAUGUGCAAAGCUGCGCGAACCACUGUGGUAGAGGUUGAAGAAAUUGUAGAUGUUGGAUCAUUUGCUGCAGAAGAUAUACAUGUUCCUAAAAUUUAUGUGCAUCGCCUUAUAAAGGGAGAAAAAUAUGAAAAGCGAAUUGAACGUUUAUCCAUCCGAAAGGAGGGAGAGGGGCAACCCAAAUCCGGGAAAGAUGCAGCUAAUGUGAGGGAACGCAUCAUCAGGCGGGCUGCUCUUGAAUUUGAAGAUGGCAUGUAUGCUAAUUUGGGCAUAGGAAUACCACUUCUGGCCAGUAACUUUAUCAGCCCAGAUAUGACUGUUCAUCUUCAAAGUGAAAAUGGUGUUCUGGGUUUGGGUCCAUAUCCGCUGAAAGACGAAGUUGAUGCAGAUCUAAUCAAUGCAGGCAAGGAAACAGUUACUGUUCUUCCAGGAGCUUCUUUUUUCUCCAGCGAUGAAUCAUUCGCAAUGAUUAGAGGGGGACAUGUCAAUCUAACAAUGCUAGGAGCCAUGCAGGUUUCCAAAUAUGGUGACCUGGCUAACUGGAUGAUACCUGGCAAGAUGGUGAAAGGAAUGGGAGGUGCCAUGGAUUUAGUAUCCAGUGCCAAAACCAAAGUGGUGGUCACUAUGGAGCAUUCGGCAAAGGGAAAUGCACAUAAAAUCAUGGAGAAAUGUACAUUACCGCUAACUGGAAAGCAGUGUGUUGACAGAAUUAUUACAGAAAAGGCUGUAUUUGACGUGGAUAAGAAGAAGGGGCUGACCCUGAUUGAGCUCUGGGAAGACCUGACAGUGGAUGACAUAAAGAAGACCACUGGGUGUGAUUUUGCAGUCUCACCCAAGCUCAUGCCAAUGCAGCAGAUCAAAACUUGAUGUGAAAUAGAUAUUUGUCCUAGGCUGCUGUUUUCAAUGCAUAGGAUUUAUUUGAAAUAUCAUCAGUAAUCACCAUUGUAUAUUAACAAGCAUUUUGGACUAGUUUUCUUCUAGUGUUUCAGGAUUUAUGCAUCCAUAUAGACAUUGUUCUCUCAAUUUUGCUAUGAUAUUUUAAUGGAAAACAAAACGGCAAACACUUUACAGUUACCUUACUUGUUUCAUAAGUGCCAAGAAGUUUGUCUUUGCCAUUGGUGCUCGCAUGGGAUGUAUCUUCAAAUUUUCGUAAAGCAUGAUAAAUUAUGUGCAGUAUUCUCCAAAAUGAGCCCCAAGAAGUUUCAUUCAUGUGCUUUUCCUUAUCACUAAACUAUUGAAUGUAGUGGUUCUGAAAAAAAAAAAAGGGAUAUUUAUACGAAUUUGUGAUUAGGAGUUCUCUCAUACUGUUUGUUUUUCCUUCACUCUCUUCUGACUUUAGUGGAGGGGGUCUUUGAUUAUGUGGUUACAUUUUGCCUCUCUAGUGCAUCCUGCCUCCUCCUAGUGCUUCCUGUAGCUAAAUAGAUACCCCCAAAAAGGCAAGAAGAAAUAUCUUUGAGGAGAGAGAAGAAAUGACGAGUUUGUGAAAGAGACCAAAAGUUAUAGCAUCCGUUCAUGCUGACAGCUCACCAUAAAGUUGCCUUUAUAGACAGCCAGCCACCUUUCUAUGCUUUUCCCAAUCCGAGACUAAUUCCACGAAGAGGGCUAGAAAAUAUUGACCCAUUUGUAUAGUUUGUCCAUUUAAAAACAGAGCAAUAUUCCUUUGUAUAUGGAAGGAUCCUAAGGGUUAUUACCAUUAUCAAGCUACCUGUACAUUACUUCCUCUGAUGACAAGGAUUGUGGGUAAUUUAUCAUGAAUUUGUAAUCACAAUGACAGUAGAAUGUUAAAAAAAAAAACACCAGAAAGAUACAUUUUAGACUCUCAAUUCUUCUCAGAAAAGAUUCUAGAUACCGAAUAGCUUUCUACAGAAAGUCUUCCAUUUAGUCUGCAUCUAAUACUUAGCAAAGUAAUAUUAAUUCAGUCUUAUCCAGGUAGGGGAAAUAAUGAUGUACAUAUCCCAGUUUUGGAGAGUUAGUGAACAGUUAGUGUGAGUCACCAUGGUCUAUAAGGGUUACAAUUUCUGCUUUAUCCUUAGAGGUAUCUUCAAUACCAAACAUUUCCCACAGAGGAGUUGUUUCAAGAGUAUCCUAAGUAUUUCGUAAGUGCAGGUUUAGGUACCUCAAAACCAGUCUGGACAGCUGGCUGCUGUACAGAGGUAAUAGUGCUGUACAAUAUAUCAUUCUUCUGGCACUAAUUAUAGGAACUUUUGUUUUGUUUUAAAUGAGGUGGUCAUUCAUGCUCACUGCUGUUCAAAUACAGUGAUAGCCAUAACAUGUACAAUGUUGGAGGAAGAAGUUGGGCAUUUUCUGAGUAACAUAUUCUACAUGGAAAAGAGAAUUUGAGGUUGGCUGCAUUGUUGAAAGCAUAUUGCUGGUGAUAAGAGCCCUUCUUAGACUGUCCAAAGUCCAUGAGAGUAAUAUAUGUCUAUAUUGGAAUUGUGAUUUGGAAUAAAAUUGUAUUAUUCACAGUUAUUAUAUAUUCAAAGUACUUGCUUAUCAUUCCAGUCUGCUACUUCGAUGUUAGAUAAAGCUGAUCUAAACAUUGGCAAAACCUAAGUAGAAGACUUGAUAUUCUUGGUCAAAGAUUUACAUGACAUUAAGAAAUUUAAUAAAGAUUCCAGCUCAUAGAGA